AUGACAGUAGCAAGAAACAAAACGACAUCAGUAUGCACAUUUGUUUCGCUUCAGGACGUUGUUGUUGGGGUCCGACGUGUCCGAAGUGACGGUCCCUGGUCGAACUAA